AAUAGGUAAAUUAGUAAUAUCCUGCAAAAAUCUAGCUCAAAGGCCUUAAACUCUAAAAAACCGGCAUUACUACUCUCUAAACCCCAACUCAUUCUUCACUCCCAAAACCCUAACCACCCUUCUUCUCCCCCAAACCCUUGUUUCUCACUCUCAUUCUCAGGUUCUUUCAAUCGCGAAAAAAAUGUCGACGACUAACGUUUUAGAUGAAGAAACCUCCAAAAAAGUCAUACGCCAGGUUGAGUUUUAUUUCAGUGACAGUAAUCUUCCCCGAGACAAUUUCUUGAGGAAGACAAUCGAAGAAAGUGAAGAUGGAUUGGUGAGUUUGGCUUUAAUUUGUUCGUUUUCGAGGAUGAGAGGUCAUCUGGGUAUAGGAGAUGUUAAAGCUGAUGAUGUUUCUGAAGAUACUGUUAAGGCUGUUGCUGAUACUUUGAGGACUUCUGAUUUUCUCAAAAUUUCGGAGGAUGGGAAGAAGGUUGGCAGGAGAUCUGAACUUAGCAAACCAGAAGAGGUGAUAGAACAGGUUGAUAGCAGGACAAUAGCUGCAGCACCACUACCAUAUGAUGUGAAGCUAGAAGAUGUAGAAUCCUUCUUUUCUCAAUUCGCAAAGGUUAACAGUAUCAGGCUUCCCCGUCUUGUUUCACACAAAAACUUGUUUUGCGGGACUGCUUUGGUUGAGUAUUCUACAGAGGAAGAUGCAGAGAAGAUUUUGGCACAAAAUUUAACAUAUGCUGGUGCUGAUCUGGAGCUCAAGCCAAAGAAAGACUUCGAUGCUGAAAGAGAAAAGCUAGAAGAGGCAUAUGAAAAGUCAGGUCGUGGUCAGGGAAAGUCUAAAAGUUCUGAAGAAGCCAACUAUCCUAAAGGCCUAAUUGUUGCAUUCACGCUAAAGAGCAAGUCAUCAGGAGACGAAUCCAAGCAAAAUGGUUCAACUGAGCAUGCUAGUGAGGCUGAGGUUUCUAAGAGAAAUGGAGGAGAAUCUGUGACAAUUGGAUCUGAAGAGGCAGACAAGGCAGCAGAAAGUGAUAAAAAUGGUACCGUUGAAGAUGCUGAUGAAGCUAAGGAAGAAGCAACAGCUGAAGGUACUCCUGACGAGGAAGAGAAGGAAACUGAGAGUGAAGAGAAAUCUUCUAAUAGUGCUGACAAAAAGGAUGUUGAAAAAGCAGCACCAGAAGGCAGAAAUGCUGUUGAAUCCUACAAGGAUAAUAUGGAUGUGGUUAUUCGUGAAGAUCUGAAAGCUUUAUUCCAGAAAUUUGGCACUGUCAAGUACAUAGACUUCAAGAUGGGAGAAAGUUCAGGAUACAUUAGAUUUGAGGAACCAGAGGCAUCCCAAAAAGCUCGUGCUGCUGCAGUGCUCACAGAGGAUGGUGGUUUAGUUGUUAAAAAUUUUAUCGCUGCUCUAGAACCUGUGACUGGUGAUCAAGAGAAGGAAUAUUGGAGCCAAAUUCAAGGAAGUCAAGGGAAAUUUCGGGAUAAUAGGGGCGGACACAGAGGAAGGGGAGGAAAAUUCAACAGAGGCGGAAGGCAUGGGCGACCUCGAGACAGAGAUUCACCUGCUGGUCGUUUCAACAAAGCUCAAAAAGUCUCGACAUAAGAUUUUGAUACUAUAAUCCCUAGAGGUUAUGAACAAUGUUAGGCAGUUGUGAUCACAAUUUUGUAUCAGAAUUUGAACUCGACUAAAGGCCUAUACGGAUUAGCUUUCAUCUGUUGUUUUUGAAGUGACAACUUUUAGUGAACUUAAAUUUUUUUUAUAAUUCUUGUUUAAGAGUUUGUCCUUCCA